AUGAGCUUAGAAGCAGAGCAGAUGCAAACCUUCCCCUUUAGUGUUCCAGUGUUGGACGCCACAAACUCCUCACUAGAGUGGAACUCCCAGAUAGAUUUCAUCGAGGAGCUUCUCCUGGACCAGCUGGAGCCCCCUGAACUCCCGGAGGCAGAGCCCCAGGAUGAGGAAGAUGGUGGUAUGAGUCUGUGUAUCUGUGGGCCUGUAGUGCCAGCUCUAGACCACGCUGAAGUCCCACCUGCUGACCUGGUGCCACCUCCACCUGCAGCUCCCUCAGCAGCUCUGGCCCCACAGCAGGAGCCAGCACCUGGAAGCCCUGCUCCACCAGCUGCAGAGCUGGAACUCCUGGCUCCACAGCAGGGAUCCUCACUUGAGCUCCACCUGAGGUCAGCUCUUGACCCACACCUGCCGUUCCCCUGCCUUACUGAUUUAGUUAUUAUUGUGCUGAUUGCUGCACUUACUUCCCGGAGACAGGUCAAUGAUUGA